AUGGCUAGGGGUAAAAUUUGUCUGCAGGUCACUACAGGGGAGACAGGUUGGGGUCCAUUCCAUUUCAGACAACACAGUGACUUUACCCUCAUGGCAAAGAGGAUUGGAAAGGACUUGAGUAACACUUUUGCCAAACUAGAAAAACUCACAAUAUUUGCCAAAAGGAAAUCCCUCUUUGAUGACAAAGCUGUGGAGAUUGAGGAGUUAACCUACAUCGUUAAAACGGACAUAAACAGUUUGAAUAAACUGAUAGCACAGCUGCAGGGCCUUGUGCGCUCCAGACAAAGUCAGAAUGGCAAACAUCUACAGACACAUUCCAACACCAUCGUUGUCUCCCUCCAGUCAAAACUGGCAUCAAUGUCAAGCGACUUUAAGUCCGUGCUGGAGGUCAGGACUGAGAACCUCAAAGAGCAGAAAACUAGAAGAGAUCAGUUUUCUCAAGCUCCAGCAUCCUCCUCCCAUCUCCACGUCAGCAACUUCAAUGUGGGAAAACUCGUAUCAGCUCUAAUGUACAAAACAACAGGAAACAGUACAAGUGGUCUAACUCUUGUGGCGUGUGUUGUACAGGAUUCGUACAUCCAGAGGCGCGCAGACACCAUGCAGAACAUAGAGAGCACCAUCGUAGAGCUGGGCUCUAUAUUCCAGCAGCUGGCCCACAUGGUGAAGGAGCAGGAAGAGACUGUGCAGAGAAUUGAUGCCCACGUGAAGGACAGCCAGCUCAACGUAGAUAUGGCACAUUCAGAGAUCCUCAUGUACUUUCAGUCUGUCUCAUCCGACCGCUGGCUCAUGGUCAAAAUCUUCCUCAUCCUCAUAGUAUUCUUCAUCAUCUUUGUGGUCUUCUUUGCCUGAGGACCAGGAGGCACUUGGCUAAGAAUGAUAGGAAGGAGGAUGAGAAAGGGAGGAAUUGUGCUGGAGGAGAGUAGAGAGGAUGUGUGGGGAACAGAGGAGUAGCUGGAUGGGUGGUGUGUUCCCUCUUUGUUUCUCCUUUGUUUUUCAGACUUUCUCAUGUGAUUUAAAGAAAAGACCACUACUAACAAACAAUUCUAUAUGUGUCAGGAUGCAGUUGUGUUAAUAAUAGCUGUAUGGGAGGUAGAAAGGAGAUUAAAAAUAUUAUUAUCCUCCAUUGUAUGGAGUAAAUAGAUGAUGAUGAUGAUGGCAGGAUAGAAGACUAUAUUGCAGUUGGAUUAAAACUUUAUUUUUGUUUUCAAAUCAAAAUAAACAUUUCAUUUUUAUUUCACCUUUAUUUAACCAGGUAGGCCAGUUGAGAACACGUUCUCAUUUACAACUGCGACCUGGCCAAGAUAAAGCAAAGCAGU